AUUAUAAUAAUAAUUUAUAAAUUAAAAUUAUUUUUUUUGUGAAUGAUCUUGAACAAAACAAGAUGGAGAAACAAACGAUGCAUAUGCUGUCGGUGCAGGAGCGGGGAGGGGAGACGAGGAAGACCAACCAAUACAUCGCUGCUGUUGCAGCCGCUAUUGGAGCUGUGAUCGCGGGCACGAUCUUAGCAUGGACAUCACCAGCGUUACCCCAAUUGGAGCCACCAAAGAAUACCACAGCACUAAAUAUAACAGCGACCAAUAUAACGAUUGUCAACGGCAGUGAUCCAGUGCUGAUCAACUCUCUUGGACAGCCAGCUGACUUCUUAUUGGACACCAAAGAUAGUUCACUAGUAUCCUCAAUUUUAGCUAUAGGGGCUGCAUUAAGUGCGUUACCCGCUGGUGUGUUAGUCCAACGUAUCGGGAGACGGCCGACCAUACUUCUUCUAGCUGUACCCUUCAUGAUCAACUGGUUGCUGACUAUCUUCGCCAACGGAGCUGGUAUGCUGAUUGCUGCUAGGUUCUUCGCUGGCAUUGCCACUGGUGGUAUUUGCGUGACCGCACCAAUGUACAUCGGGGAGAUAGCAGAAACGUCAAUCCGUGGAUCUUUAGGCGCAUUCUUCCAGUUGUUCCUCACUGUUGGUAUACUGGGAACAUUUGUCAUCGGAGGUUGGACACAUUGGCGUACUCUGUCUAUCAUAUCCGCUGUGCUACCACCACUCUUGGUUGCUGUGUUUUGGUGGAUGCCAGAAACCCCACAGUACCUGUUAAGUAAGAACAGACGCCGCGAUGCCGAGAAGGUACUACGCUGGCUGCGUGGACCUGACGCGGAUCUGACAGCCGAGCUUGAGGAUAUGCAGAAAGAUGUUGAUGAUGCAGCAAGACAACGCGCUGGUAUGCUGAGUAUGCUGACGAAUAAAGCGUCCCGUAUGGCAUUAGUAUGCGGCCUUGGUCUCAUGUUCUUCCAGCAAUUCAGCGGUAUCAACGCUGUUAUCUUCUACACCAACAAUAUCUUCCAAUCAGCUGGCUCCAAUAUACCACCAGCGAUUGCCACAAUUAUAGUCGGUGUUGUCCAAACUAUUGCAACUUAUAUAUCUUCUUUAUUAGUAGAAAAAGCCGGUAGACGUCUUUUAUUGCUACAAAGUUGCAUCAUCAUGGGAUUAUGUCUUGUCAUUCUUGGAACGUAUUUCAAACUGCAAGCAAGCGGUGCUAGUGUCGCUUCUUUCGGUUGGCUGCCUUUAGUUUGUUUGGUCUUGUUUAUUAUUUCAUUUUCUUUAGGCUUCGGUCCUAUUCCAUGGAUGAUGAUGGCUGAACUUUUCUCUGUUGAAUUUAGAGGAUCCGCAUCAGGUAUCACUGUUGUAGCUAACUGGUGUUUGGUAUUUAUAGUUACUCUAUGCUUCCCCUUAAUGAAAGAUGCGAUUGGUAUUUACAGUUGUUUCUGGUUCUUCGCUGCCUUUAUGGUUAUCUGUGUGUUCUUCGUUUUCUUUUUAAUACCAGAGACAAAGGGUAAGACUGUGUCUCAGAUUCAGGCGAUUUUAGGCGGGAAGAAAAUUUAAAGGUUAGUUUAUUGUAAGUUAAAUGGAAUCGCUCGGGUUUGUAUAUUUAGUGUAUUUAUGAGAUUUAUGUAAGUUUGAUUAUAAGAUGUGGUAAAUUAGAGUAGAUAAAGUUUAUUUUAGUUAGAAACAAAAUAUUAUUUUAAUGAUCAAUGUAUUUUGAGUUUAUUGUGAUUGUCUUUGACGAACAAUUUUAAAUAUAAUACUAUGAAUGAAUUGAACGAUAUAUUUGUGAAAUAUAAUAAUUAUUUGGACAAAAUGCAUGUCAAUUAACUAAUAAAAGAUAUUUUAUAAAGUUUGGACAAAGAAUAGAAAUAAAUUAAAUAUGGUUUAAAUUUAAGUGAACGUAAUUUUUUUUUUGUUGUUUUUAAUGUUGAAUAUGAACAAUAUAUUCAUGUAGGUUAUAGUGCUGAACAAUAUUUUGUAA